GACAUUGGGAAGUGGGAAUGCAACGGUCGAUUGAGGAGACACGACACUGCUGCAAUUGCAAUGCCAUUUUCUGUACGAAUUUAUAAGAUCCAAACAAUACAUUAACAUAACAUAACAUUAUUCUGGGCGUUGCCAUUGUUCUCUUUUCCAGAAAGAAAAAAUGGUGGCAGCAAUAGCAUACGAGGAGAGUCGUCGCAAGAGAGUGGAAGAGAACAGAAAGAGGAUGGAAGCCCUCAAUCUCCCCCUCCUCUCUCAAGCUCUUCACAAAUCCCCUUCUCCCAAAUCCUCACCGCUGAAGCAGGUCAAGAAUCGCACCAUUCAGAAAGAGUUGGUUGUUGUCCGAAGGUCUAGCCGUGUGGCAAAUUUGCCCACUCCUGUUUACAAAGAAGUGGUUGUUGAUCGCGUGACAAUACCUAGAAGAACCCUUGGUAGACCUUACAAUAGACACAGGGAUUAUGCCAAUAGGGUAUAUGCUUCUGAUGAAGCCAGAGAGGAAGCAUUGGAGAAAGCAGAAACCUUAAUGUCGGGUCUAGAAUCUGAACAUCCAGCCUUCAUAAAGUCAAUGCUACAAUCCCACAUCAGCGGGGGAUUCUGGCUGGGCCUUCCAGUCCAUUUCUGCAAGAGCAAUCUUCCAAAAGGGGACGAAGUGAUGACUUUGAUUGAUGAGGAUGGGAAUGAGUAUCCAACAAUAUAUUUGGCACGAAAAACAGGACUUAGUGGUGGAUGGAAAGGUUUUGCGGUUGGUCAUGACCUAGCUGACGGAGAUGCUGUAAUUUUUCAAUUAAUUAAGCACACUGCAUUCAAGGUGUACAUUAUUAGAGCGAAUAGUCCACCAGAGGAUAAGUGAAUUGCAGUUGGAGAUUGGAUCCAGGAAAGUUAAUCUAGGUUCUCUUAUGUGGUGGAAGUGGAAGGGAACGUCUUGGGAUCAGUUUUUGGUCAAGUUUUGAAGACUUGUAGUUUGGCUGACUAAUGAAGUAUAACUUGUGUUAAUAUCUGUAUGUGAACUGUGAAGGGACGUGUUUAUAUCUCUAUGUGAAAGGGAACUCUUCAGCAUCUACAUAUAUACUAGUAAAUGAAAUAUAGAAUGAUCCCAUGACGGAUUUCUUGAAUCUGAUGCUCCAUUGUUCAAUAGCGUUUGAUGUUUUGUGGGGAAACGGUUGGGAUAAAAUAUGUGGAAGAGCGUGGUAAAUGGUGUGAACUUGUUGACUCUAACAAAUAGAUGGCCUUGCCCGAAUUCCUGGUUAAA